AUGCCUGUUGUCAAAAUGAUCUCCCCUCCGAGCAACGCCAGCGGACUUUCAGAGAACGCCACAGGGGCGAGUAUUCUCGGCACGGAUAUCACGACCCCUGGUCAUAAUAUGGGACACCCGUGGAUGGCGGAGGAAGUUGUAGGAAUCAUCAUUACGGCCAUCUUGGUGCCCCUGAUCCUGAGCGGGAACACCCUGGUCAUCCUCGCCGUCAUUCGCUACCGCCGCCUUCAGAUCCCCACCAACUACUUCAUUGUCUCCUUAGCUGUUGCGGACAUAUUCAUCGGCUUAAGUAUUCCUUUCUUCACAGCCAUUGAAAUUACACAUCAAAGAAUCUCUAGUAUCUUCGUCUGUUUCUCCCCCAAUCGUGUCUUGACUACGGGCUGUGCAGUGUCCAUACUGACUAUGGUUAUGGUGGCCUAUGACAGGAAAACCGCUUUACUCUAUCCCUUGGAGUAUAUCAAACUCAUGACAUGCCGGAAACUUAUGGCACUGAUGGCAUUUGUAUGGACCUACUCUAUCCUGGCAUCAUGGCUUCCCAUUGGUCUGGGGUGGUAUGCCGAGGAGUUUAUGUACGUGGAUCUGAACACGACCCAUGCCUGUUCCUUCCAACUGUUACAUAGGAACACUCAUUUCUUGUCUCUGGGUGGCGUCUUCCUGCCGUCCUGCCUGGUCAUACUCUACUGUUAUUCGCGGAUCUAUUUGCUUGCCAGACACCAUGCCCGAGCCAUCGCAGCAGUAGAGACAUCAGUCAGGCAGAAUCUGCAGAUUAAGUACAUGAUGAAGGACACAAAAUACGCCAAGACGUUAGCCAUCCUUAUAGGUACUUUUCUCUUGCUCUGGUUGCCUUUCCAGAUUGCCUUGUUCCUUGAAUCGGCGACAAGCGUCGUCUUGCAAAGCUGGACAAGAAACUACCUGGCUUAUUUGGCCUUCCUUAACAGCGCUUUGAAUCCGUGGAUAUAUGCCUACAAGAACAGCGAGUUUCGUGUGGCUUUCAAGCGCAUUUGUAGAACUUGGUGUGGAAGAAGUUGUUGGAAGUCUGACAGGAGGACGAGCAUGAUCUCAGAGAACAGUAUGGGCGCUAUAUCAAAUAGUACACUAGGUCUGAACAAACCUAGCAGCCGCCUAUUCGCAGGUGAUCGAAUAGAAGUGCUGUGCAGCCAAACCCAGCUAAGUGAGGACGCCGCUGUUCACAUCAGAGACCAUUUGGACAGGACUAACACUCGCAUUCUCGUAUCGGACAUCAUCCGCCUAUAUUUGAAUUCGUGCGGCGAUGAGACGGACGAGGAAUUCUUUAAAAGAUGCCAGGAGACCAUGGCAAGAAAUCUGGGUGUGCAUGUUACAAAUGAAUCUGGGAUAGCGGCCGGUUGUUCGUAUCAGACUAAAAUUAAAACGUCAGACUUACCCAAUGUGGUGCCAGAAAUUGACCGAUUAGAAAGUGGCUGUAGGGCCGAGAUUGUGGGCACGUCCACCGCUUGUCUUCACUCCUAA